AACAGCUAAGAUAUGAGAAUUGUAUGGAAGAUAUUUUCCAUUUAUUAGACAUUAUUGAAGAAAUGGGUAAUAAUAACAUUUGUGAAAUCACUGAAGAGGAUAUAGAUUUAGUAGUACGUGGCUAUGUAGAGCAGAAAAUUUCACUUUAUUAUUCUUCACCAAACGCUCAAACCUUAUCAGCAAGCAUGUAUAUUAUAGGACUUAUAGCUGAAGCAAAAGCGAGAGUAAUUGCAGAUUCAUGGUAUUAUUGGGUAUAUAAAAAAGAUGAAUUAUUGAUUCUGCUGAACCAUCAAUACAUUGAUGAUAGUGAGGACGGAGAUGAUCGAUUUGGCGAAUUUUUAGCUUUGUUAGAAUCUGAUACUGAUAUCAACACAGCAUCUCUUACUUAA